GCUAAGCCUUCCCCACCUAUGCUUUGCUUCCCAUUCUCUCUCCUCUCCUCUCCGAGCCGAUCCGAAAGGGGAUUGAUGGUUUUGGUCACUCGAUUCAGGGUCUGAAUCUGUGCGGAUCAUUCCUCUCGGAAUCCUAUCUGACGGAAUCCAUGGAGUCCUCCGCGCCGCAGCGGUUCGACAUCUUCCGAGUGUUCUCAAGAUACUGCGAUAUUGUGUCAAGAAAUCAUCUUUCAAGCUCAAAGGAAUUGUUAGCUACGCUUUUGACCUCUCUGGAGUACAGUGUGCUAACAAGGGAGACAUUAUUCAAUGACACCUACAGGCUUAUGUCAUGCCUUGAUUUGUCUGUUGAUUCUCGUCAGUUCAGUUCCUUUUAUGAUUUCGUCUUCUUCAUUUGUCGUGAAAAUGGGCAGAAGAAUAUUACUGUAAAUAAGGCCAUAACAGCAUGGAGGUUAAUUUUGAAUGGAAGGUUUCUUAUGCUAGAUCAAUGGUGUAAUUUUGUUGAGAAACACCAACGGCAUAAUAUAUCUGAGGAUACUUGGCAACAACUCCUGGCUUUCAGUCGAUGUGUGAAUGAAGAUCUUGAAGGCUAUGAUCCAAAAGGUGCUUGGCCUGUACUCAUUGAUGAUUUUGUUGAGCAUAUGUUCAGUAUCAAUCAAUCCAGUGAUUGUGGUGCUCAAGAUUUAUGCUGCUUUGGUGAUUUCGAAGCACAGCCUAGCAUAUCCAGUACUUUUAGUGGUAAUAAGCCCAAACCCAGAGCAGAAGAUCCUGGGUUAAAGCGGAAAUAUUCUUCUUAUUUUGAGAAACACAUUGAGCACAUUCCAAAAUCGAUGGAGAUAUCAAAAUGUUCAGACUUUCCAGCACAAACCAAGCGAUCAAAGCAGACUUCUUUUCCCGGCAAUCGUGGACAUAUGGAUUCCGAUAUAUCUAUGAGCAUGGUUGAUGGUACAUGGGACUACCAAGAUGGAAUGAAUAAACACAAUUCACAUAAUUGUCUUCAUCCCUCACUUUGUGCUGUGGAGGAUUGCCUGUCCAAAGGUUCAGAAGGGUAUCUUUCAUUUGGCUGCUGUUUUCAUUUUGAUCAGAAGAACAGGGUUUACUCCUAAACAUUUUUCUUGGUCAGAGUCUGAGCUUCAAGUAUUUUAUGCAUCCUUUUGUUACGGUAUAAAUUCGGGUUUUUUUGUUGUGUGCAUCGUAUCAUCAGAUUGUAUGUAUUAAGUUGGCCAGCAAUAUAUCAACUAUCAAGUCGUGUGAUCUUUUGUUUCUUGACCGA